AUGAAUCGGCUGUUGACUCGCGGACUCUUGACGCGAUCACUGAUCCAGCCUCUCCGCCCAGGACUUCAAAGGCAACUGGCCAGUCCAGUUCACAACGUCCAAAGAAUUAACAUCGUCAGGCGAAGCUCCGAAGAAGCAACAGAACCAGAAGGAGGGAGCAUCCAAAAAGUAAUUCUUGGUGGUAUUUUCGGCUGCGUCUUCAUCGCGUACCUAAUUUCAAUCUGCUCCCAACUGCCCGACGAUCCGGAACGAAUGACAGUAGAGAAGCAAAAGCGAAUGACUCAAAAAGAGCUGGAAGAGUGGGACAAGGCGCAGCGCGCAAAACAGUGGUACGAAGCCAUUGGCGACAUGUUCCCAUCUGGAUGGAGGUGGAAACAGGCGCUAGAAACGGUCAUGGCGGAAAGUAUGAACAUGGAAAGUUGGUUUGGCUUGAAACUGGGGCUUGAUUAUUAUUUGUCUUCGACUGAGCCGGAGUGGAAAAUCGCCCUGCCUCCUCCGCUCGAGCCGCCAUACCCUCAGACUCGAUUCACAAUUUCGAUGGAAAUUCUCGGCCUUCUCUUUGAAUCCAACUUCGACCCUGUCCGCGGCUGGGCUUUCAAACCGCGCCCAGGAGCUGAAUAUUUCAUGUCCAAAGUCGGAUUCCCCAAUUCCGAGCUUGUUUUCUUCACAGAAGCUAGCGGGCAGGAUAUUUUACCGAUCAUAGACAGAUUCGCGAAGAAACUGCAGCGUCAUUUCAAAACCGAGCAGCCUCCCAUGGCGCUGUGGCAACUGUACAGAAAUUCUUGCCGAUAUGAUGAUGGAAACUACAAAAAGGAUAUUGACGUUCUCGGGCGAGAUCCUAAGACGACGAUUCACAUCGACAUUUCUGACGUCGCCUUUUUGGAAAAGCACAAAGACAACGUCAUUCUAGUGGCCUCGGCGAAGGAAGCGCGAGAAAGUGGACAUGAUAUGACUCUUUUUGAUCUGGCGGAUCUGUUGGAUGAUAUCAUCAAGGAUAGAGAUAUUUACGACGUUCGAGAAAAAAUCUCCGAGUUGAGAAAAAGAGGAAAAGAAGGCCAGUAUCUUCCUGAUAUCUUCCGAGAAAUUCAAGCAGAAAAUGAGUUCAAAGAGAGCGAGCUUCAAGCAAAACAAGCAGAAAUUAAUAGUUUAAAUCCGUCAAUGGCGAAGAGAAACAAGUUCAAAUUAUUUUAA